GCGACCGCCGGGGCCCCGGCCGCCGGUCUCGCGUGACGGUCUUGCUCGCGCUGGCCGCAGCCGUCGGCCGACUCGUAGAUUCCUGUCCUCAACCACGACAUCCAGCAAUCCCCUCAAGCCUUGGUGCAGGGCGGCAUCGCGCUUGGGCCCGUCACAGCCCGCGCGGACACCCUGAGCCGCACACACGCGAGUCGCACGCCAGGUCGCCCGGCCGCAUCAUGUUCGCGCACGGCUGGCUCGCAGCGGCCGUGCUGCUCUUGGUCGCAGCCUGCCAGGCGGCAGUGCUCCCGAUCUCGGCACAGCGGACGUUUGGGCAUCCGCACGAGCAGCAUCAGGCCCUGCGCCUGAAUGCGACGCAGCAGCUGCUCGCGUCGUGGGAUCCGCCGCUGAGCACGCGCGGUCGCUUCGUCGUGGAUGCCAGCGGCAAGCGCUUCCCGCUCCGGGCGGGCAACUGGCACGGCGCCUCGGGCACGUAUCUGGACAGCGGCAAGAUUACCGAUCCUGCGAACCACCAUGCGAAGGAGGUGGCGUUCCAGACGCCGCUCGGCCUCGAUCGCGCGCACAUCGACGACAUCGCGGAUGACUUCGUCGCGCUGGGGCUGAACACCAUCCGCUUGCCAUUCUCAAACGAGAUGCUGCAUGCGACUAGCCUUGUCCCGGACGAUGCGCUGCUUGCCAAUCCGCAGCUGCGCGGCAUGACGCCCUUCCAGGUGUUCGAGGCCUGCGUCGCGGCCUUGACGAGUCGCGGCCUGGCCGUCAUCCUCAACAACCACACGGCGAAGAGCAUCUGGUGCUGUGGCCUCGACUCCAACGCACGCUGGAACACGGGCCAGAGCGAGGCGCAGUGGCAGAGCGACUGGGUGCGCAUCGUGCGCCACUUUGCGCCCAAUCCUCGCGUCGUGGGAGCCGAGCUGUACAACGAGGUGCGGCGAGACUUGCUGCAGGACCCGACUUGGGGCGGUGGAGGCGACACCGAUUGGUGGGCAGCCUCGCUCCGCGCUGCGAACCGCAUCCAGCGCGAAGCGAGCCGUGACAUGCUCAUCGUCGUGGGCGGCAUCAACUUUGUCGGCAUCCCGACGCCGUACACCGAGCACUACCGGCCAGAGCUGGCGCCCGUGGCGCAGCUGAGCCACGCUCUCGCCAUCCCCGACAAGCUCGUGUACUCGUCCCACUUCUACGCCUACACCGGGCCGAACGCGACCGGCGCUGAUGCGCCGUCUGGGGUCCGCGACCCGAGCUACGCAGACUUGACGCCGGCGCAGCUCAACGCGACGAUUGACCGCCUCGCGGCGUACGUCGCGACGGACCUGUCGAGCCCGCAGAUGCACUACACGGCGCCGGUGUGGAUCAGCGAGUUCGGCGUGGGCCGCCUCGACAACUCGACCAAGGACCGCGACUGGUGGGAGCACUUUGUGAACAUCCUCGUCGCGCAGGAGCUCGACUUUGCCUACUGGCCGCUCGUCGGCUGGCAGAAGAACGGCACGGGCGACGGCUGGGCGCUGCUCGCGUGGGAUGCCGACGGCUCGCUGCUCGCCAUCGACGACGAGAAGAAACGGGACUGGCGCCUGCCGGCGUGGCAACGCCUGAUCGCCGCCUCGAGCUCGGAUUCGGCGCGACAGGCCGUGCCGCAGGUGGAGAGCUGGCUGAUGCUGAGCACUGCGCACGGCAGCAUCCAGCAGAGCAGCACGCUGGCACCGGACCUGCGCUGGUCGCCCGGCGAGACGAAGGCGUCGUGCCCCGACGGCUGGCGCCUCGUCGGCCUCUCGCACGAGGCGCGGCCGAACGGCCUCUGCACCGAUGCCACCUUCGGCCGCAACGCCUGGCGCGACGGGCAGUGGGACGUGGUGGCCGACGAGCGCAACGUGAUGCGCGACUGGGCCAAGGGCUACCGCAAGCGGCAGUGCAAGCUCGAGGCGUACGCCAUCGGCUACUCGUACGACGGCGACGGGCGCAGUGCGGGCCUCGUGUGCGUCACCGACGCCGAGGAGCGUGUGCGCGGCAAGCAGCGCACCGUGACGUUUGACCGGUGGGACGCGCUGCCCGAGGAGCACGGCACGUUCAAGAGCGCGGGCACGGCGGGCGCCUGUGCGCACGACGAGGUCAUGAUCGGCUAUGCCUUUGACCCCGCCGACCACGGCGGCUGGCCGGCGGCGCUGCUGUGCGCCACGCUCGAGCCGGCGACGGGCAUGUCUGCGGGGCCGUCGCUGCAGAUCGACGCCGGGCGCAUCUACGUCGGCAGCCUGCUCUCGGUCUUCCUCACGGCGUGGGACUGCAUGCGGGCGCUGCUGUAGGGGAGGAUGGACUGUGCUGCGAAUGUCAU